AGAGAUAUUGCGUGAUACUCAAAUAACAUAAAUGAUAAUGUAGCGGUGUAAAGAGAGAAUCCCAAUAAUUGCACCUUUGCGAGCGAUUAAUUAUUCGGUUGCAGAAAAAUUUGGGCAAAGUUUAUAAGCGUACGUUUGCGCUGAUUUUGUUGCAGAUAUGAGAAUCUUUCUCUUCAACGGAUUUCUUUUACUGGUUUUCGUCGUAGCUCCAGUACCGGAUGUUUUCGUGAAUUCAUCAAAAUCCGCGGAAAUAAUGGAUCAGAAUCCGCUUCCGAAUACGUGCCGCUACAUCACAGCUAAUUCGGUAUUGGAAGCGCGAUGCUUCCAAUUAAAAUCGCAAACAAUCGCAAUGUUAGAUUUGAAUCCGGACAUACAGGUGCUGAAUAUUACCGGGAGUUUGCUGUUCACAUUGAAUAACGACAGUUUGCAUCUAUACAAGGAACUGGAAUUCAUCUAUCUACGUCACAAUAUAAUCAGUAUAAUCAGAAAGGCAGCCUUUGCCAAUCAGCUUUACCUGCAAGUGCUGGAUCUCACAAACAGUUUUUGCAGAAUUCUGCCCAAAAGUCUCUUCCAAUUACCGUAUCUUCACACGCUCUAUCUCGGCGAAAACUGGCUCACCGAUCGCAUGUUCAAUGUGAAUGUCACCUCGCCUCUCAGAAUACUGCAGCUGUCCGAUAACAAGCUAAGAGUGAUCCCGAACAUAGGACUCCAGCCGACCCUCCUUAAUCUCAACGUGUCCAAUAACUUCAUCACCUCAAUCAGAACCGAAGAUCUGGCGCCGUUCUGCUCGCUAAAUGAUCUCGAUCUGACCGGGAAUGAUAUCAGAUUCAACGCGCGCAGCUGCGAUUGUCAGACGUUUAACGCCUGGGUGAAGCUGCGUCAGAUCAAGAUGAAGCCCAAACUUUACAAAUGCCCCUAUUCAUCGGCUCUAAACAAGACCUGCGCCAACGUGAGUUUCAGCAAUCGGACGUACGAGCUGUUUAACGAGUGUUUGGCCAUGAUGCAGCAGAUGAUAGAGGAGGACAUACAGCAGAAGAUGGAAAAGGAUAUACAGCAGAAGAUGGAGCCCGAAAAACCUCGAUCGGUUUGGUUAAUCUUCGCCUCGUGUGUCUUGGUAUGCCUCUUCAUCGUCUUCGUGACGUUGUUUUGCGUGCACAAUUGGAAUCGUAGACAGUGCAGGAAACAGCAGGAGCAGCUAACGAUGAUCUACAACAAUACCGAGCUGAACACCGAGCUGCUCCAACAGCAAUCUGACAAUAAUUAGUUAAAUAAUGGCUAAUAGAACAUAGAGUCCUGUAAAAAGGGCUGUUUUUGGCGUCGACAAUAUGCGAGAGUAAAAUUUUACGCAAGAAGGACGGGAUGAAAGUGUAAGCGAGGCCUUAUCAGAAAUGAUCGAUCGAAAAGACGUCGAAUCGAUAUCGAUCCGACCAAUUCGAUUUUGAUUUGACAUCGAUACGACGUUGAUUUAACUAUCAUUUUUGGUCAAAAGUUAUUUGAGAAAUUAAUGAUGUUUUUGUUAUAAAUAAGAGAAAGAGAGAGCGAGAACUGUUGGUGUUUGUUGAAAGAAUUAAAUCAACAGUGGAUUUACAGAGAAUUUAAUCGGAUAUAUAUUUGCGUGCCUAAGUUUGUAUCUGAUUAUUAUUAAUACAUAUCGCACAAUGUGCAAUAAACGUAAGAUUAUUAUAAUAGUUUGAAUAUUUCUUCUGGCGCAUUUGCCAUUUUUUGAACAAUAUUUUACAAAUUUUUAGAAAGAGUUCACUGGACAUACAUUAGAUAUUCUUGUUCUAUCUGGAUAUAAGUAUAUUAAUCUUUGCGGAGCUGUCUUCUUCAUUGAUUGCUUUUGUUUAAGUCUGUUAUCUCAUUUUUUUCAUUCAGAGUUAAGUAAUCUCCAACAAUAAGUACCAUUAAAAGUCCAACGUAUUAUUUUCGAUAUCUCGAGUUUCUGUAUAUACAAUAUAUUGUAUAGCCUUUUGAACAAAGUCGUUAUGAUCUACAUAAGCGUUGUUAAUUAUUAUCCAGUAAAAAGAAAGAGAGUUCCGCGAAGAUUGAUAUAUUAAAUCCAGAUAACACAAAGAUGUCUAAUGUAUGUUUAGUAAAAAUUCGUUCCUGAACAUUGGGA